CUCUUUUCCUCACAGCCCGCUCUCCACCGUGACGCUAGGGUUCCUAGCCGCCGCCGCGCGCACAGCCGGCCAGAGCCACCUCCACUCCGGCGCCCAUCGAUAGUCCUCUUCGCCGUCGCCCGGAGCUGCUCCGCCCAUCUCUGUCCGUUCCCGAGUGGACUCGGCCCGCCCAGCAGCCCCUCCACGCCGGCCGGCCGGAGCUGCGCCGCCCACCACAGCAAAGGGGUGGGGGUAGGGGGGGCGUAGAGGAUGGGGGCAGUAACGUCACACGGUGGAGGUCACUGGUCACCACCUGUGGCAAAGAUUUGCAGGGAGUGCAAGGUUGUUGUCGGAUGCUCAGGAAUGCAGCGGGAGUUCGCCUGUUCUCGGCUUCCUGUUCGGAGUUGUAUAGUGCCACCCCUGUCGACUCCACCGGCAGCGGGAUCCAGGUCCAACUCCAGGAUAUUUGAUUCAGUAAUCAGCUUCAGUUCCAAGUUUCAGUGCUUCAGAAAUAUUGGUUUUGGUAAUCAGCUUGCCGAGAUGGUACCUGGACAUAAUUUACUUGCGUGCUAUAGCGUGUAGAAAAUUGUCUAGUUAAAUUGAUCAGUGUACAAUCUCUCGCUAAUAGCAUAUUUUCAGAGGCCACGCUAUUUUGUAUAGCACGCUAUUCAUUAGAUCUGUCUACUCCUGUAUUUUCAGUUACCUGUGUGACUGAAAAAAUACACUAUAUGUCACUAUGAUAUAUUUCUUAAGUUAUGUAUAGAACCUCUGCCUAUAUACUUGGAUC